CAUCAUUCUUAUAAAAGAAAGUAAAUUUUAGUCUUUUUUAAAAGGAUUAGUUCAUCUUUUACUGAUUUUCUUUUAUUUCUUUUCUUUCAUUUUCGGAAAACUCAAUGCACUACUUUAUAGAAUCGCAAGAAGCAAAGCUGUACGUCCUAAGCCAAAUAUUUCAAGUCAAGUCAAGAGUGUUCCGCUGUUUUUAGUUCCAUUUAAUCUUAAAUUAUACAGCUACAUAACUAGUUUUAAUUAGAUGAAUGGAAUGUCAAUAACCCUGCGGAUGUUUUAACUUUCAAAGAUUUACAACAUCAAGUUUGAAACAGCAAGUAUGAAUAAACUGCAAGUAUGAUAAACUACAAGUCAGAAACAUGAUAACUGUGAGCUAAACAUGAGUGAGAGAGCUACAGAUAGCCAAUUGUUGUCAUGUGACACAAACGAGUUAAAACCAGAUGUCCAUGGAAAACAGGACGGCAAGCCAAGCCCUAUUAAUCAUCCGAAUUUCAUUCCUGACGCUAGUACGAAAUUUUCCGAUCCAAGAUCAAAACCGAAAGCUUUCCUGAUGGAGAGUAAGCCACCCGUUGGACCUGUAGAUAGCAAUGGUAACAAGACAAAGGUGCAGACUCACCGGAGCGUGUCACAUGACCAUGGCCAUCAUCGCAGCGAGUCACAUGACUACAACAAGAACCGUGGGUCGGUUGCAUCAUUUGGAUCAUGUGACAGUAAAACUUAUGAGGAACAGGAAGUGGUCAUAUCAUACCAAGAUGAAGCUGUUGAUAUAGAAGAAACAGGGGCCGGCUCAGGUAAAGAAGUUCCGUGCAGACUUGUGAUAAUCUCCAGUAAGAUGCGGAACACUGCUGCCAUUUUACGUGCCUUACAGCCUAACGUAGUCCUUGUUCAGUAUAAAUAUUAUAAUUCAACCCUGGAUAGCAUAUUAGAACUUGUGUCUAGAAGUCUUGGAGGCAGAAAAUGUUCCAGCAUUUCCCUGAUAUUAAGUUGUUCUGGUUUAUCUAUACAGCUGAGUGGGAAAGAAGACAAGACACAGUUUAUUACCAGACAGACACUGACGGAUAAUGAGGCAGUGAAGGAAUUUUUUAUGACACUAGUCAAUAAGCAUGUGGAUAAGUCAGAUUCUAGUGCAAGACUGGACUUCAUGUCGUGUAACCUUCUUCUCCACACUGACGGAAUGUCCAUUGAUAAAGAGAUUGAGAAUUGUGUUGGGAUUCCUGUAAGAUUUUAUAAAGAUCUAGGAGGGGCAGAAGUUAUUGCAACAAAUGGAGAGGAACAAUCAAAAACGACUGUAGGUGAGCAGUAUUUUAAGCUAGAGAAAUUACGAGGCUGGAGCGGUCAGCAACAACAAACUCUGGCUGGCUUCGAGAAAAUACAAACUGUUGGCAAAGGUGCCUAUGGAGCUGCAGUUCUAUACAAGAAGAAGGAUGAUGACUCCCUUGUAAUUCUAAAAGAAAUCAACAUGCAUGAUCUGAAAGCUACAGAGAGGCAAAUGGCUCUAAAUGAGGUGAAUAUUUUGGCUAUGUUAGAACAUCCAAACAUCAUCAGUUAUUUUGACUCGUUUGAGGAGGAUGGCGUGAUAAUGAUAGAAAUGGAAUAUGCAGACGGAGGAACAUUAGCCAAGUACCUGUCCAAUCUACAGAGCCCGCUGGAGGAGAGAGAUCUUAUUUUAAUGUUUCAGCAAAUGGUGGCUGCUAUCAGACAUAUACAUGAACAUAAGAUACUUCAUAGAGAUUUGAAGACAGCCAAUAUAUUUCUUACAAAAGAAGGAGUGGUUAAAGUUGGAGAUUUUGGGAUAUCUAAAAUGAUGUCGACAGCUAAUAAAGGUGCAAACACAGUUCUAGGUACUCCUUACUACAUCAGCCCAGAAAUGUGCGAGGGUAAACCUUACAAUGACAAGUCAGAUAUCUGGGCUCUUGGCUGUAUACUUUACGAGAUGGCUUGUCUACAGAAGACAUUUGAAGGAACAAAUUUACCAGCCCUCGUCAACAAAAUUAUGAAGGGUCAGUUUGCUCCAGUCAAGGGAAACUACUCCCAGGACUUUAAAGAUUUAAUCAUGUUGAUGUUGUCACAAGAUCCUGAAAACAGGCCAUCAGCCCAUGACUUGUUAUAUACACAUAUACCUAAGUUACUAGCCAAUUAUGAUGAUGAUAACUCAACAGAUAAUGAUGAUGACAAUGGUACAAAUACUCAAGAUAAAAAGGAAAGCUCGAAGAAAAAAACAAGGGCAAUAUUGUAUUACUUUGACAGUGCUACAGCUGGGAUAACUCCUGUAGAACUUAAUCCUAAAGUUAAAAUCAGAGCAACUGCUGUAGGGGCCGACCAUGUGAUCGUCGUGACAACCGAAAGUCAAGUGUUCUCAUGGGGUGAAGGGUCAAAAGGUCAACUAGGUCAUGGUGACACUGUAUCACUAACUAAACCAAAGGCAGUUGAGGCACUGACAGGGAAAUUAAUUACAAGAGCAUGCUGUGGAGAUGGGUUCAGUAUAUUUUCUAGUGACCGAGGGAUUGUAUUAACAUGCGGUGAUGGCAGUAAAGGUUGUCUCGGUCAUUCAGAUUGGAGCGAUGUUUAUAGACCAAGACUUAUUGAAACACUCUUAAGUGUGGAUGUGAUAUCAGUGGCCUGCGGCCCAGCUCAUGUUGUAGUAGUGGGCAGUGAAGGCGAGAUAUUUGCCUGGGGACAAGGUGCUGGAGGAAGACUUGGUCUGGGAAAUGAAGAAAACCAAUGUCAUCCCAUGAAGGUGACGAUAUCGGAUCAGGAGUUGAUACGUGAGGUAUUUUGUGGGUACGAUGGUACAAUGUUCCUCACAGAUGAGAGGAUGCGAGUGUUUGCCUGCGGCUGUAACACGGAGAAUAAGUUAGGCUUAAAUCAGAGGCAGGGAAUCCUCGGAGCUAUGAAAAAUAUCUUUAUUAGGACUGAAGUUGAAGGACAAAAGGUUCCGACCUCAGUUAGAUUGAGACAGCGUGUUAUAGACAUAUCAAUGGGGCGACACCACACGGCUGUUAUUGUGGAGCCUGGCCAUGUAUAUACUUUUGGCCGGAAUACGGAGGGGCAGCUUGGGAUAGAGGGAACAAAACCAAACAAUGCCCCUGUAUUGGUGAAAUCCAUGGAGGAUAAAUGCAUAGUAAGAGUGCAGUGUGGCGAGCACUAUACCGUGGCCAGCACUGACCAGAAUGAGAUUUAUUACUGGGGUUUACGCUUCAAGGACCCAACCAGUCUGUCAACGACAGAUGAACAUGAUAGCCGGACCAGUCUCACCGGAAGUCAUAAAGAUGACAUGCGCGUGGAAUCGGUGACGCCGAGAAAUGCCACUCAUUCCCGUCAGGCCAGUAACACAAGUGGAAUAAGUUUAUCAAGUUUGAAGGAUGCUAAUCUUUAUGAUGUGACAAACACAGAUAAAGAAUCGGAGGGUAAGAAAAGCCCUCAAAGACAGGCGAGUCUCGACAGUGGGUACACUGGUGACCUUAGUGGAGGCUCGGAAAUGGCCAUGAGGACAGGAUUUCGUCCAUUGAGUAGUGUACCCAGAAGGUCAACAAGUGCUAGCAGUCGGGAGAAUGCGAAAGAGAAAGAAAAAGAGAUAGACAGUGUACCACGAGAUGACUCAGAAAUUAUAUACCCGCCAGACCAUCUGAUGAGGAUUAUGCCAGGAGAGGAAAUGUUGACCUUGAACUCAUUUUUCUGUCAUGGGGAGAAUAUAUUUAUACAGCUGGAAACUACCGCCCCACCCCCAAGGAGAAAAUCCAGAAAAAAGCGUGGAAUCAGGAAAAGAUAUAGUGGAUCUACGCUGCCUGUACCGAACACAAACACAGGGAUGUCUGUGUCCAGUAGAGAAGGUGGUGAUGAAUAUUCAUCAGAAACUUCCGAGAUGGACACCCAGGGAACUGUCCCAACCUGGAUUAAAGAAGAGCUUGCCAAUUCCCAGCCAGAGGAUACUCCAGGCUUGAACCCAGGACUUGGACUAAACCCGCCCACCAUUGGUGAUGAUACGGAUGGUAACCUUGCCGACGACACGAGUGAACAAUCGGACGAGGACAGGAACCGAGGGGUGAAAGAUACAUCAAUGUCGAGUAUACAAAUUAACAGAGACCUCACUCCGUGUAAAUUGCCUCCAGACAAAAAUCUGACGCCAAGAAAUAGCGAUCUUGCCCCUCCAGUUAGCAAGAAUUCUCCUAGAGAAGUAAGGAUAAGGUCAUUUUCUAACAACAGCACUGAGAGCGAGGUGUCUAACCAAUCGGAUGGUAGUACCAAAGAUCUAACUAUAGCAAGUCGUUCAAAGACAGUGAUGUCUAUCAGUACUAAACAGAACAAACGUCACAUCUCUAGUCAAAUGUCACGCGCCAAAAGUGCUUCAACAAGCUCCCAAUGGGCACAUAACAGGUUCCGGCAAAACAGAAGUUAUACUGGGCAAGAUAUGGGUUUAAAGGAACAGUUGAGUGCCCGGGGAUUUGUGUCUGACGUGACAGUGAAAAGACGAGAAGAGGCAUUAUUGGGUGAACUUCACAUGACCAGGGAGGAGAAGAAAAUGGCAGAGAAACGUAUAAUGGAGUUAGAAAAUGAGCAUUUACGACGGCAAGAACAAUUUAGAAACGAGGCGGAACAAAGGGCAUUGGAGAGGGAGAAAGCUCUACAGAGCCAGAUAGAGGCAUUGAGGCAACAAGUUCAGAAUCAAACUUCACAGUUACAGGAUAAUAACAAAGUCGUCAUGUCAUUAAAGGAUGAAUUAUCAAAAGUUCAAAAGAAGAAAAGCAGGUUAGGGUCACGGAGUUUCGGAGGGACGUCAGAUAGUAAAGUCUGUUCUUUACAAUGAUUAUAGCAGAAAGACAUGUAGCUCGUCUGCAAAAACUCUCAAAAUUCUGGAAAC